CCGGAAGUGGCGACACUCAAAAGCGCCGCCACCGCUGUUGCUGCGAAGUUGCUGUUGUUGUUGCGGCUACUUCUCUCUCUCUCUCGCUCUUGCUUGUUGUGGUCCUCGUGGUGGUUGUUGUUGUUGCGCCUCCUUCAACGAUGCUGAAGCCCAAAGCCCUCACGCAAGUGCUGAGCCAGGCGAACACGUCGGGAGUGCAGAGCACGCUGCUUCUCAAUAACGAGGGCUCCCUGCUCGCCUACUCGGGAUACGGCGACACGGACGCGCGGGUCACCGCCGCUAUCGCCAGCAACAUCUGGGCGGCGUACGAGAAGAACGGGCGGCAGGUCUUCAACGAGGACAAGCUCAAGUACAUCCUCAUGGACUGCAUGGAGGGGAAGGUGGCCAUCGCGAGGGUGGCAAAUCUGCUGCUGUGCAUCUACGCCAAGGAGACGGUCGGCUUCGGAAUCCUCAAAGCCAAGGCCCAGGCCCUCGUGGAGUACCUGGAAGAGCCGCUCAUGCAGGUGGCCGCAUCGUAAAUCUUGACCGCACGACCCCGGCGACCCCCCUCGCCGGGGUCGGGUGGGGUCGAGGGCGUAGGGGCGACGCCAGCUCCGUCUCUGCUUCAUCACCUACCCCCAGAAGCUGCUCCAGGUCAUAGCACCUGGAGCCUGUGGAAUUCCGUGUUUGUACAAGAUAGGCAUGUAACGGGGAUUCGCAACCUUGCUUAGGGGUUCGACGCACACGGCACGAAUCGGUUUGAUGCACAGGCCACGAAUCGGGGUAAUGAUUAAAUUUACAAGUAAUUUCUUUUUCAUGUUUUUACUUUUUUCAUUUGCGUUUUUCAAUUUCUCUUGUACAGUUUUUGCUGCUCCCUUAGUUUAAAUGUAAAAUAACCAUAUACAUAUAAAUAGUCCAGAGCAUAAAUAGCUCAGAGCAUGUCAUGCACACACGAUCCGACGACUGCAUUGCGAGUGUCGGAAUCCUUUACAAUCAAGCGAUGCACUCGUUACGUUUCCAUAAAAAAAACAAUGGUGACGUUACUUGGCCGAUUUUUGACCAGUCUUGCAUUGGUGUAAAUACAGUCCGAGACAAAAUAUACCUUGGCUCACAGAAAUAUCGGUAAACAUUAAUUUGAACUCAAUUAUUACGUGAUGCUACUGCAUAGGCAGUGGUGCGCAAAAUACAACAAAAAACCUUGCACAUUCGUCAAUAACACCGUGACCUUAAAGGAAAAAUGAAUAUCAUUCGCGAUGUUACGGUCAAUGGCCCUGCUUCAUCGAACAUAUUUAAGGCCACGGUGUUAUUUACAGAUGUGUUCAGUUUUCUAGGUGUUUGGAACCCAGGUGUGCAUGCCACUGAAACACAAUCUCGUUUGCAAAGGAGACCUGCAGAACAAACAGAAGCAUUAACAUGUCGAGUGUAAUGUAUUCAGUGCUGAAAACGUAGUGGGCUUUUGUUGCGCUGCUCUGUAGAAAGCCAAUUGUGUGGUUAUGGGAAAUUGUUGCGAGCGAGCGGUUAUGAUGAUGGUGGCGAGUCGUUUUCGGUCUGUACUUUAUUACGGAGGCGGACCGACGUGUUCCGUAUUCAUGUUCACAUUGUGAGCAAUGUAUAUUGUUUUGCCUUUCAUUAUUAUGCUGCGUUUGUUGAAUAAAUUAAAAUCAGUCAUCUCUG